UUUUGUCGAAUUUUGUUUGAUAUGCAUAAUGUGGUUUUUACAUAAAUCGUUAGGCUUACUUAGUCGUGUGUAGCGUUAAAAACCUAUUUACUGGAGUGUCAACGGGCAUAAGAAUAUUUUAAGUAUACUGAUUAGCAUGCUAAUAAAAAAGGUGAAUCAUUGCUUUGGUAUAAAUGCCUUAAAUUUGUAAAUUAUCUGAACGUAAUUGGUUUAAGUAUCUGUUUUAUGUCUGUUGCGUACUUUCACUUUACUAGUAUUCAUAAAAUAAUGAUUAAUGAGUGUAGUCAGGCAUUAAUAAUGCAAUUGUGCACUAUUCACAUCUCAAUUAAACCUAAUUGUACAUUGUACCAAUUUGUUUGUAUGCAUGGCAUAAGUCCUUGAGUUCAAGUGCACUCACUCACGUUGCAUUCUAUCCCGAACAAUUGCUCAUUUUAUCAUAAUUAACUACUUUGUCAUUGACUGUUUGACUACAUAAUGUGGAAGAAUAAGGGAGAGGACUCGAACUGAAUAUCUAUCGGGUUUUCUGUGCUUUUGAUAUUCCUUGUUAAGUUGAUGAUGAUAUCAUGACAUAAUUUCAUGUACGCACUUCAACCCGAAUCUUCCUUUUAUCUCAACAACCUCUCAAAUUAUUUUGCAGAUUCAUUUCUGGAUUGGACGACUCAUAAUAAAUAAGGAGAAUUACUAACUCUUAUUUGUCAUGCGGAAGCUACUUCUCCUCUCAAAUUCUACGCUGCACGGUUCGGGAUUUUUGGAAUACGCACGAGAAUAUAUUCAAGAGUUCUUUAACAAAAAUGGUGUCAAACAAGUUCUCUUCGUGCCGUAUGCUGACACCACUUCCGAGGCGAAUUACACGACCAAAGUUAGAAACGAGUUGAGCAAGUGGGGCUUCACCGUGAAAGGAUUGAAUGAAACAUCCGACCCUAUUGAUGCAGUGAAUAAUGCCGAAUGCAUUUUCAUUGGAGGAGGCAAUACGUUUCAUCUCUUGAAGAAGUUGCAGGAUGCACAAUUAUUGGAGGCUAUUCGUAAACGGGUGCUGACUGAUGGAAUUCCAUACAUGGGAAGCAGUGCUGGAACAAACGUUGCAACAGUGUCAAUUUGCACAACAAACGACAUGCCGAUCGUCCAUUGCAAAAGUUUCGACGCAAUUGGGCUUCUUCCAUUCAAUAUUAAUCCGCAUUUUAUUGAGACAAAAGAGGAUAGCACGCAUAUGGGGGAAACUCGGGAGGACAGAAUCAACGAAUACCACAGCCUUCCAAUGAAGAUGCCACCGGUUCUUGGACUUCGAGAGGGAUCAUUUCUACACGUGAUGGGUGAUCAGGCUACACUGGGCGGAUUAUUUCCUGCACGGUUAUUCCUCCAAGGCCAGGAUCCGAAAGAAUAUCCUACCGGGUCGGAUUUGAGCUUUCUCCUAUCAAAUUAAGAACGACUGGACCGGACUGAACUGAACUGACUGCAUCUGGCCAAACUAGUCAUCAUUUAUUACUUCACUAAGAAAUUAUUUGAAGGAAAACUUUUUGUGUGCUUAAAAUUACUAAAGAAAUUCGACUCCAUUUAUUAUUCAACUUUUCCAAUAUUCUUUGAAUGAGAAUCAAUUCAUUAUACCGUAUUUAUAUUUUGGUCCAAAAAUUUGUACAUGAAUCAGAAAUUGUAUUGACAAAUUUUCUACCAAGCGUAUUUUGAAGCUUUGGUCACGACAUCAAGUAUACAUAAUAAAAUAAUUUUAUAAUCAAUCUCAA